AUGGCUCUUUCGUUUCGAGUUUGUUCGUCUCCUUUAAUCUGCAGAGCCACUCUCGCACACGGCGAUAAUGUUCGUCACCACCACGCAAAUGACGCCGCCUUCAUCCGACGAGCCGCCGAUUUGGCCGAGAUGUCCGCCGGACUUACAUCCCCUCACCCUAAUUUCGGUUGUGUAAUCGCAACUUCUACGGGGAAAGUUGCCGGAGAAGGAUACCUAUACGCACAGGGGACUAAACCUGCAGAAGCCAUCGCCGUUGAAGCUGCAAGAGAGUUUUGUAGAGGCUCAACUGCUUAUUUGAACAUGGAGCCUGGUGAUUGUCAUGGAGACCACACUGCUGUCUCUGCUCUUGUUCAGGCAGGAAUCGGACGAGUUGUUGUCGGAUUAAGGCAUCCUUUGGAACAUCUAAGAGGCUCUGCGAUUCGUGAACUAAGAAGUCAAGGGAUUCAAGUGAAUAUUAUUGGAGAAGACUUUCAGAGUAAAGUUCUAGAGGAUGCUAGGAAAUCUUGCCUUCUUGUGAAUGCUCCUCUGAUUCAUAGAGCUUGUUCUCGGGUUCCGUUCUCUGUUCUUAAGUAUGCCAUGACUCUUGAUGGUAAGAUUGCAGCAAGUAGUGGACAUGCAGCAUGGAUAAGUAGUAAACUCUCUAGAACCCGAGUGUUCGAGUUACGAGGAAGAAGUGAUGCUGUGAUAGUUGGAGGAAACACCGUACGCCAAGAUGAUCCUCGAUUGACCGCAAGACAUGGACAGGGUCACACGCCUACUCGAAUUGUGAUGACUCAGAGUCUCGAUCUUCCUGAGAAAGCCAAUCUCUGGGACGUGUCGGAAGUAUCUACCAUAGUUGUUACACAAAGGGGUGCAAGAAAGAGUUUCCAGAAAUUUCUUGCAUCUAAGGGUGUUGAAGUUGUGGAGUUCGACAUGUUGAAUCCAAGAGAAGUUAUGGAAUAUUUCCAUCUCCGUGGAUAUCUCUCUAUUCUAUGGGAGUGUGGGGGAACAUUAGCUGCAUCUGCAAUAUCAUCCAGUGUCAUCCACAAGGUUGUUGCAUUCGUUGCCCCGAAAAUUAUCGGUGGGACGAAAGCACCUUCCCCUGUUGGUGACCUUGGGAUGGUAGAGAUGACACAAGCAUUAAAUCUAAUCGAUGUUUGCUACGAGCAAGUUGGUCCUGACAUGCUUGUCAGCGGAUUUCUUCAGCCCAUACCAGACCUUUUACCUGUUAUCCCAUCAGAGGAUGCAACUUUAGAGAUUGACCCUGGUUUUAAUCCCUUUGAAGCUAGUAUCAUAUUCUUCUACAAAACAUGGGACCUUUAUGGAAGCUUCUCAAAUUUUUCUCCGCAUUCAAUUCGUAUGCCAUAUGGCGAGGAGAAGGAUGAUUACAUGACAUGGUCCAGUGUUGAGCAUUACUAUCAGGCAAACAAAUUUGUUGGGGUUGAAAAUCCAAUGGCACGUGACUGCGUUGAGAGAAUAAGAACGGCGAGAAGUCCAGAGGAGGCUGCUCGGAUAGGCAGAUCAAUGCAGAGACAGAAACCUGAACUGGUUCGGAAUGACUGGGAAGAUGUGAAGAUAGAAGUAAUGUACAUGGCUCUGAAAUGCAAAUUCUCGACUUAUCCUCACUUGAAAUCACAGUUGCUCUCAACCGCUGGAUCGGUUCUUGUGGAGGCUUCUCCGCACGAUCUAUUCUGGGGAGGUGGCCGCGAAGGAGAAGGGCUUAACUAUCUUGGUCGAUUACUUAUGCAACUUCGUUCUGAGUAUUUGGGCAAAUCCUCUGUUUCAGCUGAAAACACUUCUUUGGCAUGA